UGACCGUCAUUUUACGACAGGUCGGGGUUGCUUUGUGGCUGUCAACUUUCCCGGAGGUCGGAGUUGGUAGCUACAUUUAUCUGUGGUGGCUGCAAUUACGACGGCGUAGAAAUGAGACAGAAGCGGAAAGCGGACCUGAGCCCUGCUGAGCUGAUGAUGCUGACCAUAGGAGAUGUUAUUAAACAACUGAUUGAAGCCCAUGAACAGGGGAGAGACAUCGAUCUCAAUAAGGUAAAAACGAAGACAGCUGCCAAAUAUGGCCUUUCAGCACAGCCCCGCCUGGUGGAUAUCAUUGCUGCAGUCCCACCUCAGUAUCGAAAGAUCUUGGUCCCCAAGUUAAAGGCAAAACCCAUCAGAACUGCCAGUGGGAUUGCUGUUGUGGCUGUGAUGUGCAAACCCCAUAGAUGUCCACACAUCAGUUUUACAGGAAAUAUAUGUGUAUACUGCCCUGGUGGUCCAGAUUCAGAUUUUGAGUAUUCAACUCAGUCUUAUACUGGAUAUGAGCCAACUUCCAUGAGAGCUAUCCGUGCUAGAUACGACCCUUUUCUACAGACGAGACACCGAAUAGAACAGUUAAAACAACUUGGUCACAGUGUGGAUAAAGUAGAGUUCAUUGUGAUGGGUGGAACAUUUAUGGCUCUUCCAGAAGAAUACAGAGAUUAUUUUAUUCGAAAUUUACACGAUGCUUUAUCAGGACAUACUUCCAACAAUAUUUACGAGGCAGUCAAGUAUUCUGAGAGAAGUCACACAAAAUGUAUUGGAAUUACUAUUGAGACCAGACCAGAUUAUUGCAUGAAGCGGCAUUUAAGCGACAUGUUGACCUAUGGCUGUACAAGACUGGAGAUUGGUGUGCAGAGUGUCUAUGAAGAUGUGGCUAGAGAUACCAACAGGGGCCACACUGUUAAGGCAGUAUGUGAAUCGUUUCACCUGGCCAAAGAUUCUGGUUUCAAAGUGGUGGCUCAUAUGAUGCCUGAUCUGCCAAAUGUGGGACUAGAAAGAGACAUUGAACAGUUUACAGAGUUUUUUGAGAACCCUGCUUUUCGUCCUGAUGGUUUGAAACUCUACCCUACCCUGGUGAUUCGUGGAACAGGACUUUAUGAGCUAUGGAAAUCAGGAAGAUACAAGAGUUAUUCUCCUAGUGACCUAAUAGAAUUGGUGGCUCGGAUCCUAGCCCUUGUGCCUCCAUGGACUCGAGUGUACCGAGUACAGAGAGAUAUUCCAAUGCCCUUAGUCAGCUCAGGAGUAGAGCACGGUAAUUUGAGAGAGCUGGCAUUUGCAAGAAUGAAAGACCUUGGAAUACAGUGUCGAGAUGUGAGAACCAGAGAGGUUGGAAUCCAAGAAAUUCAUCACAAAGUAAGACCCUAUCAGGUUGAAUUAGUAAGGAGAGAUUAUGUUGCAAAUGGUGGCUGGGAAACAUUCUUGUCAUAUGAAGACCCUGAUCAAGACAUCUUGAUUGGCCUCCUGCGAUUGCGAAAGUGUUCAGAGGAAACCUUCCGUUUUGAAUUGGGUGGAGGUGUUUCCAUAGUCCGAGAACUUCAUGUAUAUGGAAGUGUAGUUCCAGUGAACAGUCGAGAUCCUACUAAAUUUCAGCAUCAGGGAUUUGGCAUGCUGCUGAUGGAGGAAGCAGAAAGAAUAGCUAGAGAAGAGCAUGGAUCUGGGAAAAUAGCUGUGAUUUCAGGGGUCGGCACCAGGAAUUAUUACAGAAAGAUUGGCUACAGGUUACAAGGGCCAUACAUGGUGAAAAUGCUAAGAUAAUGGCCACACCAGUCUACCAUCUUUGCAGUAUCCUUCGUGGCAGAAAGUAGCGAUUCAAGAUUUCUUGAGGACUCAGCAGAGAGGCUGAGCAAAGCCAACAGACCUACACUGUUCCCCUUACAGGAGUUUCACCCUCGACCUGCAGAUGUAGAGACAAGAAGCUGUUUUCAUGGUCAGGGACGACCAAGCUCACUAAGUUGCUGGCGCUAAGAGCUCCUGCACUGCCCUCUCCUGCAUGUUCUCAAAAAGUCACUUCAGUUUCUCAGGCUUAAAUUUAUCAAAUUUCUAAAAUUUACUUGAGGCCAGCAGGUGUCUUACUUCUGACUCAGACACAGUGACAUAAGCAAAUUAGUCAACUCAUAUGGACACGAUAGUUCAUGAAAUAAAACUAGUUAUUUGAGGAACAAGUGUAGGAAUUGUUGUCAUUGUUGUUAGUUUCCAUUGAGUUGGCUCAGAUUCAUGGCAACCACUGCCUGGCCCUGUGCCAUCGUUGUUGUUGUCAGGUGCCUUUGAAUUGGUUCCAACUCAUAGCCACCCUGUGUACAAUAGAACAAAACACUGUCCGGUCCUGCGCCAUCCUCACAGUCAUUAUGCUUGAGCCCAUUGUUGCAGCCACUGUGUCAGUCCAUCUCCUCGAGGGUCUUUCUCUUUUUCACAGACCCUUUACUUUACCAAGUAUGAUGUCCUUCUCCAGGGACUGAUUCCUCCUGAUAACAUGUCCAAAGUAUGUAAGACACAGUCUUACCAUCCUUGCUUCUAAGGAGCAUUCUGGCUAUAUAUCUUCCAAGACAGUUUUUUUUAUUCUUUUGGCAGUCUUUGGUAUAUUCAGUAUUCCUCAUCAACACCAUAAUUCAAAGGUGUCAAUUCUUUGGUCUUCCUUAUUCAUUGUCCAGCUUUCACAUGCGUAUGAGGCAAUUGGAAACAUCAUGGCUUGGGUCAGGCACACCCUAGUCUUCAAGGUGACAUCUUUGCCUUUGAACACUUUAAGGAGGUCUUUUGCAGCAGAUUUGCCCAAUGCAAUGUGUCGUUUGAUUUCUUGGCCACUGCUUCCAUGGGUGUUGAUUAUUGAUACAAGUAAAAUGAAAUCCUUGAUAACUUCAGUCUGUUCUCCAUUUAUCAUAAUACUGUUUAUUGGCCCAGUUGUGAGCAUUUUUGUUUUCUUUAUGUUGAGGUAUAAUCCAUACUAAAGGCUGUAGUCUUUGAUCUUCAUCAGUAAGUGCUUCAAGUUCUCUUCACUUUCAGCAAGCUAGAUUGUGUCAUCUGCAUAUCACAGGUUCUUAAUGAGUCUUCCUCCAAUCCUGAUGCCCCAUUCUUCAUAUAGGCCAGCUUCUCAGAUUAUUUGCUCAGCACACAGAUUAAAUAAGUAUGAUGAAAGGAUACAACCCUGAUGCACACCUUUCCUUACUUUAAACCACGAAGUAUCCCUUUGUUCUGUUUAAUUGCCUGCCUCUCUUGAUCUAUGUAAAGGUUCCUCAUGAGCACAAUUAAGUGUUCUGGGAUUCCCAUUCUUCGUAAUGUUAUCCAUAAUUUGUCAUGAUACACACAGUGGAAUGCCUUUGCAUAGUCAAUAAAACACAGGUAAACAUCUUUCUGGUAUUCUCUGCGUUUAGCCAGGAUCCAUGUGACAUCAGCACUGAUAUCCCUUGUUCUGUGUCCUCUUCUGAAUCUGGCCUGAAUUUCUAGCAGUUCCCUAUUGAUAUACUGCUGUAGCCCCUUUUCAGUGAUCUUCAGCACAAUUUUGCUUGAGUGUGGUAUUAAUGAUAUUGUUUGAUAAUUUCCACCUUCAGUUGGAUCACCUGUGUGCCAUCAAACCUACCCAUUGCCAUCGAGUCGAUUCUGACUCAUAGCAACCCUGUAGGACAGAGUAGAAACUGCUCCAUAGGGUUUCCAAGGAGCGCCUGGUGGAUCCAAACUGCCUACCUUUUGGUUAGCAGUCAUAGCACUUAACCACUAUGCCACCAGGGUUUCCUGUGCCAGCGUAGGUUACAUUAUAUACUGAAGGGAUGAAAAGUGAAGUUGGAACACAUGAAAACUGUCAGACUUUGGUCUCUGGCUUAAAGGCAUAAGUACGUAUGCAUUUGAGCAAAAGUUAAGAUAAUGGGCUUUUGUUUUAAUGGAAACCAUUCUAGUUACUAUGCUGGUAUUUUGAAGUAACAGAGUGAUGGGGAAAGAGGCACAGGAGCAGUGGGUUUGUGUGUUAAGCUUGAUUGCAGUCUUCCACCAGCCCUUUCCCAUUAGGGAGUCUGACAUCUAUGAUGGGCCAUUACAGACGUCCUUUAUUGCACACUUUUUACAUGAAAAAAUUUUUUAUUGCCUGUAUUUCCCAUACUCUUGACAACUGCAAAUAGUGUAGGUAGCCACAAAUAGAGUACCAACAGCAGCAUUCACCUUUCCCUUUCGUGUGUCCUGAACAGCCAGAGUAACGUGCAAGUGUCUUAGGCUGUGUGGUGCCAAGUCAGGAUUGGCUUCCACAGAAGCUGUUCCCUACAUUUUAAUUCUUUAAGUUGGAUUUUGGUUUGUUUUAAAUGGAGAAAGGUAAGAGUUCAAUUCAUGUGAAAUUUUAAAAAAGGAAAACAGGCUCAAUUCUAAAAACAGGGAAAAGAUGAUUGGUUUUUUCAAAGGUUCAUUUUGUAGAACGGCUUCUGUGAAACUUCCAGGUAGUCUGCUAAGGACAGUCAGCCAGGGAGGGUCAUUUCUUAAGAGCAUGGCUUAACCCUGGGCCCCUUUGCUUUUGUGACAUUCUUAAAAGGCCUAUUAAAUGGAAUUGAUUCUCCUAAAAGGAUCUGAAAAUAAAAGCUCAUUCUCCAACACACCACAAAGUAGAGUGGCAUGGGGUUUUUUCCUCUUCCUGUAAAUGCAGUGAAAUGUCAAACGGGCCAUCAGUUUACGGGUUUGGGUCUCUAACCUAUGGUGGUGUUCAUUUCCUCCCGAGUGCUGUUUGCCGCUUCAUUAAACUGCUACAAGGUAGACAGGCGGCAGCUUUUUGUGGGCUUGCUGCGGGACUUUCCAUAGGUGUGGUUUAGAGAAUUUAGUUUGACUGCAGUCUUCCACCAGCCCUUUCCCAUUAGGGAGUCUGGUAUCUAUGACGGGCCAUUACAGACGUCCUUUAUUUCACACUUUUUACAUGAAAAAAAUUUUUUAUUGCCUGUAUUUCCCACACUCUUGACAACUGCAAAUAGUUUAGAUAUUUCUUCCCUAUAAAACUAUUAAAUGAACAAAACAUACACUGUAUGGGCUGCUAGCACACGUGUCACUGGAGACAGCUUGACAGAGGGGCAUGUGCAUUUGGCCAGCAGUCAGCACGCUGGGCUCACCUCCUACCUAAAGUGUGGCCUUGGCUAACACGAGGGUCUCUGAGCCUUCAUAUUCUCACCCUUCCCAUCUACCUAAAUGGAUCAAAAUGAGUAAUGUACAAGAAAGGCCUUCUUAGAAUUGUAAAAAGUCAGUCACACAUAGGGCUUAUUUUAAGAGAUAAAUUAGAGCAAGGUUUUAAAAUGAAAUAACCUAGGAAUUUACAAAUGUCUAAUGGUUAUCAGUCGUUGUUUAAUCCAGACCUUCACUUCAGGGUCAGUAGAAUACCUCUUUCUAGCUCCUCCUAAACCUUGGAGUUAGUUUAAAGCUGCUUGUACAAAGCUGCAGAACUUCUAAAGCCUCACUGAGUGUCAGAUCUCCUGCAGCAUCUCUGCUGCUAGAAGCUUCAGCUUCUCUGUGACUGCCAAGGGCUUUUCCUAGCAUCCGUGGUGUUUGACACUUCGGCUACCUGGCAGGCCUGGCCCUCCCAGAAAUGUGUGCUUUUCAGUCUAUAGAGCAGCCACAUAAGAAAGAUAAGUUAGGCGUGAUCCCACCAGUCUCAGCAUGAAACCUUUAAAGCUAUUGUUUAUGUUUUUGAUCUGUAUUGCACAAAUUCUUAGCAGCCAACUAAAGCACAGUCAGACAGCUCUUAUUUUAGUUCAACUUUUUGCUAAAUCACCCGGAGAGUUUAAAAGAAAAAAAAAAUUGAGCUAUAUCAAAAAGAAACAAAUAUAUUUAAAAUGAGAUUUUUAAAAUACCGCCACAUGAAAAGACCUAGUAAAGUUCAUUGUUUCUCAAAUCAGAAAAUGAAGAGACCCCUUUUAAAGGAAAAAAUUCCCACUGACCAAAAAAAAUACUGAGAAAUACAACUUAAAAACCAAAGCCUUAUCUAUGAAAACAUCCUUCAAACAGCAAUUUUUCAUUGCCAACAUUUUCCUUUUUUUUUUUUUUUUUUUAUGAUUCUCAUCCAAUUGAAAACAAAAUUUUGUAUUUCAAUAACCCACAGACCCCUGGGCUCAAGAUCUGAGUUCUGAAAACCUGAAAUUUAGCUCCUCCAUUAACUGUGAAGCUUUGGGCAAGUCCCUUAACCUUUUUUAGCUUCAGUUUCCCCAUUGGUAGCAUGAGACAAAUGCCCAUCUCACAGUGCAAGUGUGAGGAUCAAAUGUGGUCAUAUGUGACCCAGUGCCAUCGAGUCAAUUCUGACUCAUAGCAACCCUAUAGGACAGAGUAGAACUGCCCCCACAGAGUUUCCAAGGAGCGCCUGGAGGAUUCAAACUGCCCACCGCUAUACCACCACGGUUUCCGGUCAUAUGUGAGAGACCUGUAAACUAUGGAAUGGUAUACAUACACAGUUGUUACUAAAAUGAAGUUGUUUCUCUAUGGUUGUGUGACUUUGGGCAAAUAAACUCUCUUUACCUCUCUGCAAA